UUACACUACACAGACGUCACGUUCCGGGAAGUGUUCAGAGAUGGCGGCUCUCGCCUCUGUGGACUCUCUCUGUCACAGCCGUUGCUUAUCGCGGUUAUGACCGCCUGUGGUUUUUAUACAAGUUAACAAGUUUCAAGUCCACAGACAGGAGCCGAGGAGGACGAUAAAGCCGUGCAGUUCAGAACCGUUUAAAACGUCAAAGCUGUCCAGCAUGACGGACCCGACAACCCACAGAAACGAGCCUGGUGGUGCUGCCAUUCACCAAGACGUCAAGGAUUAUUAUGGGAAGAUACUCAGCCAGACCUCUGAUCUGAAGAGUAAUGCUUGUGUGCCUUCUGCUAAGCCCAUCCCUGCCUACAUCAAAAAAGCUCUGGCUGAAGUUCACUCUGAUGUCACAGCAAGGUACUAUGGCUGUGGGCUGGUGGUGCCUGAGUGUCUGGAAGGCUGCAGAUUGCUGGAUCUUGGCUGUGGCAGUGGCCGUGACUGCUACAUGCUCAGCCAGCUAGUGGGGGAGAAUGGGCACAUCACCGGAAUUGAUAUGACAGAAAAUCAGCUUGAGGUCGCGCGGAAGUUCAUCGAUUAUCACAUGCAGAAGUUUGGGUUUAAGAAGCCGAAUGUGAACUUUGUUCAGGGGUACAUCGAGGCCUUGAGGGAAGCUGGAUUGGAGGAGAAGUCUUAUGAUAUAAUAAUAUCUAAUUGCGUGUUGAACCUUUCACCAGACAAGGCCAGCGUUUUACGAGAGGCCUUCCAUAUCCUGAAGGAUGGGGGUGAACUGUACUUCAGUGAUAUUUACAGCAAUGCCAGAAUUUCAGAAUCUCUCAGGGCCAACAAAGUGUUGUGGGGCGAGUGCCUGAGCGGGGCUCUGUGGUGGGAGGACCUCGUGCGACUGGCUGAAGAGGUCGGAUUCAGCAUGCCCCGACUGGUCACUGCCAGCAUCGUUUCCGUAGGCAAUGAAGAACUAGAGAAGCUUCUGGGUGACUACAAGUUUGUCUCUGCCACAUAUCGCCUCUUCAAGUUACCCAAGAACUCAGAGAAGAAGCGCUGCCUUGUCAUGUAUGAUGGAAACAUUACAGGUUCAGAAGAAAAAUUGGAGUUUGAUGCUCAGUAUUCUUUUAAGGUGAAUGAGGUGAUGGAGGUGGAUGGAGAUGUGGCCAGCAUCCUGAAGAACUCGAGGUUUUCUGAAGAGUUCACAUUCCACUCUCAGGCAUCAACAGCAUGCUGUGCCAAACCCAAGGUCGUGCCUGUGAAUCCUUUCGAACUGGUUGAGCAGUUGGGAAGUGGUGGUGUGCUUUCGUCCACUGGAGGGUGCUGUGGUCCCCAAGAGUCAUGCUGCAUGUGAAUGUAGAAGGAAAAUGUCAUUUAAAGUGCCCAUAUCCUACAUUUUUCAUUCAGUGUAGUUUUCCCUUGAAGUCCACUUAUAGACCAAAUCAGUGGUUGCCUAUAAAUCUGUGUGGAUAACUUGCAUCCAGUCAGCAUGGUAUGAGCUCAGUUUAUGGCAUAAUUUACAAUAAAUGCAAAACUAACCGACAAACUAUUGGCAGUAAUUGUAAAAUCUUGUUGUGGGUACCAACAUGUAGUGAUUUUACUUACAUUUUCCAGAUGGUUCAGAUUUUGGUUGUUGUUUUUGAAUGUGCGGCGGGAAAAACAACCUUAGAAAGUGAACUUUUUUUUUUUUUAAAUAAAUAAACACUGCAAAGAAAUGAUAUGAUAUUAAAAUGUUAUAUUGACCUGGAUAGGUCAAUUUAAAAAAGCUUUCUGUUUUUUCCAGUAUCUUGGUUAAAUGACUCUCAUGAUUAUUACAAAAUACUGUUAUACUAGUGCAGCACUACAUGCGUUAUCCACCCAGAAGUAAAUUCUUUGCUUUUGAUACACAAUACUGAUUAGCAUUUGUGUGGUUUCAUGUCACAAAAAAUGGUCAUAAUUCUUUUUUACAUGACCAUUUUCCAACCUCUUUUUAUCCCUUAGAAUUAAACAGGUUCUUUUUGUAACUAUACCUUUAAGACUGGUAUAUGUAAAUGACCUCUGUUCUGACUGGCUGCCUCUUAUUGUGCCUUCUUCAAAAAGCAGUCAGAGCUAAAACACUGCUUCUAACUUUAGAAUGAAUGGGAGGGGCUAAACUCCUUUAGGCUGAGUAGAUGGAUAUAUGGUAAAUGAUGUUUCACAUGACAUCACAUAAACAGUGACUUUAAAACAAGCUGUUUUUGCAGCACAGUUUCCACAUAGGGACCGAAUGGACUGAGUAGCGAAUGCUACAUUUUGAAAUUUAAACAGUGUUUACAUAUGACUUUAAAUGCCUUGUUUUUCAAAAAAGUGAGGGGAAAUUUGGUUUUCCAUGAUAUGGGCCCUUUAACUUAAAGAGGUUUUAUUAAUCUUUGUAUUUUGAUGGACUGUUUUGUUACCUGACAUGAAAUUAUAGUCAGGACAUACAAGUAUCCUAAUGUUUUAUAUGGUUUGGUGAUGUAAUACUUGAUAUAAUAACCUAUCCUGUAGUUAACAGAGCGCUUAUAUGAAAGAAAUGACAGUGCAACGUUACAAAUAUUAUCAGUCUGAAUUCAUUUUACAUGCACCCAAGUUCCUAAAAUACAUUCUAACUUUUAAGCAGCAUUAUUUGAUAGCAAAUAAAGUGUGAAGGCCUACAUUGAGCUUCUGUUAUGAGCCAAAUAAAUUCGUAUCAGAUUAGAAAUAAAUGCUAGAUUUUAGUCAAGAUCGUAAUGAUCUAGACCAGACUUAAAUGUAAUGUUAUGUAAUACGUAUACGUGUAGUUUUCCUUCUCUAUUUUAUUGCAUUUCUUAAUCGGUAUUAGCCGUUUUUGUUUACAGAGAGCAGAUGAGUAUCAAGGAGAGAAUGAAGGGAAGAAUGAUGCAAAAUGCCUUUCCUUGCUGUGGUACUGUGAGCCUCUGCUGUGGUAGCUGUCCUAAUUGUGAUGUUUGUGAUGUAGGCUGGUAUUAGAUCAACUUUAAAUGGAGUUUUAAGGGCCCAUAUCAUGUAAAAUGCAGUUUUCUUCACUUUUUUGACAUAGUUGUAGUAUGCAAACACUGUCGAAGUCUCAAAACAUAUUCAAUCUCCAGUACGUACAGUCCACAUAUGAAAAGUUCAUAACAAAACAUCUUUUGGAUUCACUGUUUGUGAUGUCACAAAAACAACAUAUUCAUAUAUAUGCACCUAUUCGGUCUACAGCAGUUUAGCCCAGCACAUUUUCGCUGAAUUUAUAAGCAGCGUUUCAGCCUUGAUCACUUUUUGAACAAGGCACAAUACAGGCCAGCCAGUCAGAGCAGAGAUAGUUUACCUCUGUCUUAAGACACAGUAACAUAAACAGCAUAUUAAAUCCAGGAGAUAAAGAAAGGGCAGUCAUGUAAAAAUGAAUUAUGACCAUUCUUGGUACAUAAAACCACACAAAUUUUACAAGAGGACCCAUAGGAGAAAAUAUAAUAAAAGAAAAAUGUAGGCUUUGGGACCUUUAAAAGGCUGUAUGUUCUUUUUUUAGCAGGCACAUGCAAAAUAAAAAGGGAGUUUAGUAGUAAAAAAAUGGUAAAAAUACCUUUUACAGUCCUAGUAUAUUAAUUAUACAGUGGCUGCAGAAAUGUAACCAACAUGUCAGCGACUUUGUACCUUCUAACGGACUCAUCAGAGCUGAGCAUCUGUCUUAGUGCCAACUGUGUGAUAUUACAUCCCUCAAUAGAAGAGUUAAGCAAUACUAAAUACUAUCGAGUUGGCAAUCAGAAGUGUCCUUUGGCUUUAGCCAGCCACUACGCACACAUUGGUGUUAUAUACUGCUAUUGUGGAGGCUGACGGUCUAAUUGUAGGGACAUAUAAUCAUGCGCAUAAUAAUGAUUACAGUGAUAUCAGUGUGAAUGUUCAACCGCUGUAGUGUUUUAAGAACUUCAUUUGGAGUAUAGUAGUGUAUUACUGAUCCUAAUAUGAGGAUUUGUGGCCUCUACUCGAGGCAAAACCUAUUAUUUCAGGUUGAAUGAGCAAGUGAACUUCCACUCAACUCAGCUGAAAUAAAAUGUCAUCAGGCUUUCACACAGAUGCUUGCGGGUUAUUCCUGGAAAUGUUAUUCUCAUAACUUCUGCCAGUUCAAAAAAUUGAAAUGCAGGGUCUGUUUUCUUUAAAGACCCUGAUAGGACCAUAAAUACUCAAAGUGAACUCACCCAAUCAAAUCAUGAUUUCUUAACGAUUUAUGUAUGUAUUGGAAGGCUUAAUAACAAUGCACAUUCUUUUGUAAAUAAAAAACAAAUCCUUAAGGACCUUC